AAAGAGACCCACCCCCACCACUGUUGAACCUUUUGGGGAAGAGGGUAGGAGAGCCCAAGAGACUAAAAAGUAGAAAUAGAAAAGAGAAAACACAAAAAAACAUAUGCACUUAUAGCAUCAUGGCACAUAUAAGUCACAUAUACAACUACCACUACUACUACUACUAUACUAGUGGAUCUCUCUGCAUAUGGCGUUGUUUCUGUCAAUCACUCUUUCCAGUCCAUCUCUGCUAGCAUUAGCUAUUUCACACGCUCCCAAGUACACCCAUAACCCAUCUUAAGUCUCAAACACACACUCUCUUUCUCAAAAAAAUAACCCAAACCCCACAAACAGUUUCAUCAGCUCCUCACCACUAUAAUGGCAGCAACGGCUACUUUCUUCUUCUUCUUCUUCCUUUUUCACUUCACGGCGAUCUCAACCUUUGCACAACACAGUGCCGAAACUUUGUCAGAGAUCCAAGCAUUGAUGUCCUUUAAGGCCAAUCUCCACGACCCACUUGGCGUUUUAGACGGCUGGGAUUCUUCCACGCCGUCUGCACCUUGUGACUGGCGUGGCAUUGUUUGUUUCAACAACCGAGUCCGCGAGCUCCGUUUACCUCGUCUCCAACUCGGUGGUCGACUCACUGACCAACUCGCUAACCUACGUGAGCUUCGAAAACUCAGCCUCCACUCCAACCACCUCAACGGUUCUAUACCUUCCUCUCUGUCCCAAUGCUCUCUCCUACGUGUCGUUUACCUUCACUACAACUCACUCUCCGGGACUCUCCCACCUUCCAUUGUUUCCAACCUCACAAACCUUCAAAUCCUCAGCCUCGCUCACAACCUCCUCUCCGGUAAACUCUCCAACGACAUGUCGUUUAGCCUCAGGUUCCUCGAUUUAUCCUCCAACUCUUUCUCCGGCGAAAUACCCACAAACUUCACCGUGAAAUCUCAGCUCCGACUCAUCAAUUUCUCUUACAACUCUUUCUCUGGUCAAGUACCAGCAAGUCUCGGAGAGCUUCAACAGCUUGAGUAUCUCAGCCUCGACUCGAACCAGUUGUAUGGUACUCUACCUUCGGCUGUUACAAACUGUUCCUCACUGAUUCAUCUGAGCGCCGAAGACAACGCGCUUAAGGGCCUAAUCCCAGCGACUAUCGGAGCGAUACCAAAGCUUCAAGUGCUAUCAUUAUCACACAAUGAACUCUCAGGUUCGGUCCCCACAACUCUGCUUUGUAAUAAUAACUACUCGUUUUCACUUAGAACGGUUCAGCUUGGGUUUAAUGCGCUCACGAGCAUGGUUAAGCCGCCAAACAAUGGAACAUGUUUCAGUGUUUUGGAGGUCUUUGACGUUAAAGAAAAUCACGUACGUGGUGUGUUUCCGACGUGGUUGACUAACGUGACCACGUUGAAGGUUCUAGAUCUUUCUGGAAACUUCUUUUCCGGUAUGUUACCUUUUGAGGUUGGAGGGCUUUUGAGGUUACAGGAGCUUAGAGUUUCGAAUAAUUCACUUACUGGUGUGAUUCCUAGUGAGAUUGUCAAAUGUAGUACUUUACGGGUACUUGAUCUUGAAGGGAACAAGUUUUCGGGUUCGGUUCCUGGGUUUUUGGGUGGUCUAAGGAGCUUAAAGGUGUUAUCUUUGGGAAGUAAUAUGUUGUCUGGUUCGAUUCCAAUGGAACUUGGAACUUUGUUCGAGCUUGAAAUGUUGAAUUUGAAUGAUAAUAAUCUCACUGGGAAUGUACCGGAAGAGAUAAUGAAACUCAGUAAUUUGAGUUCUUUGAAUCUUAGUAAUAACAGGUUAUCGGGUGGUGGUGAAGUAUUGUUGAAUAUUGGGGGCUUAAAAAACUUGCAGGUUCUGAAUUUGAGUCAUUGUGAGAUUUCAGGAAGAGUUCCUGCGAGUGUUGGGAAUUUGAUGAAGCUAGCAGUUCUUGAUUUGAGUAAGCAAAACCUUUCUGGUGAGUUGCCGGUUGAGCUUUUUGGGUUACCGAGUUUGCAAGUUGUUGCUCUUGAAGAUAACCACUUGUCUGGGAAUUUUCCUGAAGGUUUUAGCAGCUUGGUUAGUCUACAAUAUUUGAACCUCAGUUCCAAUGCAUUCACUGGUGAGAUUCCAACAACCUAUGGAUUUCUUCAAUCAUUACUUGUUCUCUCCGCAUCACACAAUCAAAUUUCGGGUAUAAUUCCUGCAGAGCUUGGUAAUUGUUCUGAUCUUCAAGUACUUGAGUUUCGCUCUAAUCGUUUGGAGGGACAAAUACCAAGUGCUAUUUCUCUGUUAUCUCGUUUGAAGGGGCUUGAUUUGGGUCAAAAUAAUUUUACAGGUGAAAUCCCAGAUGAGCUCUCCAAGUGCUCGUCUCUGACUUCUCUGUUAUUGGAUUCAAAUAACAUUUCAGGCCACAUACCAGAUUCGUUGUCGAAGCUAUCAAACCUAUCAAUGUUGAAUCUUUCCUCAAACAGAUUGAGCGGAGCCAUUCCUUCAAGUCUUUCACGUAUUUCUGGUUUGAAAUACUUGAAUUUGUCUAGUAAUGAUCUUGAAGGUGAAAUUCCGAAAACGUUGAGUUCUCAGUUCAAUGAUCCUACUGUGUUUGCAAUGAAUAGGAAGCUAUGUGGAAAGCCCUUGGGUAGAGAGUGUGCAAAUGUAAGGAGGAGAAAGAGGAAGAGGCUAAUUCUAUUUAUUGGUGUGGCUAUAGCUGGAGCAUUCCUCUUGACCUUAUGUUGUUGUGGCUAUAUCUACAGCCUCUUACGUUGGCGCAAGAAGCUUAGAGAAGGAGCAGCUGGGGAGAAGAAGCGAAGCCCAGUGUCUGCAGGAUCAGGAGGCGAAAGGGGAAGUCGAGGAAGUCGUGGAAGUGGUGAAAAUGGAGGACCAAAAUUGGUGAUGUUCAAUAACAAGAUUACAGUUGCAGAGACAUUGGAAGCAACAAGACAAUUUGAUGAGGAAAAUGUCCUUAGCCGGGGAAGAUAUGGGCUUAUAUUCAAAGCAACAUUCCAAGAUGGAAUGGUGCUAGCAGUUCGUCGCCUUCCUGAUGGUUCAAUCGAUGAAGGCACAUUUCGUAAAGAAGCAGAAUCAUUAGGCAAAGUAAAGCAUCGAAACCUAACAGUUCUUCGAGGCUACUAUGCAGGAGCACCCGAUGUAAGGCUUCUUGUUUACGACUACAUGCCUAAUGGAAACCUUGCCACUCUCCUCCAAGAGGCUUCUCACCAAGAAGGCCAUGUGCUCAAUUGGCCAAUGCGUCACCUCAUUGCACUUGGCAUUGCUCGCGGGCUAGCAUUCUUGCACUCAGUCUCAAUGGUUCACGGCGAUAUCAAGCCACUAAAUGUCCUCUUUGAUGCUGAUUUUGAAGCCCAUUUAUCCGAAUUCGGGCUAGACAAACUAACCAUAGCAACACCAGCCGAGGCAUCCACAUCAUCCACCCCAAUUGGUUCCUUAGGCUAUGUAUCACCAGAAGCAGCAUUAACAGGACAAGCAACAAGAGAGGCAGACGUUUACAGUUUUGGGAUCAUAUUGUUGGAAAUACUCACAGGAAGGAAGCCAGUUAUGUUCACACAAGAUGAAGACAUUGUGAAAUGGGUGAAAAGGCAAUUGCAAAGAGGCCAGAUCUCAGAACUACUUGAGCCAGGCUUGCUUGAGCUAGACCCAGAGUCAUCAGAAUGGGAAGAAUUCUUGUUGGGUGUGAAAGUAGCGUUGCUUUGCACAGCACCUGAUCCACUUGAUAGGCCAUCCAUGGCUGACAUUGUAUUCAUGCUUGAAGGCUGUAGGGUAGGACCAGAAAUUCCUUCCUCAGCUGAUCCCACCACAGUUCCUUCACCAGUUGGAGAAUCUUAAUUUGUGUCCAAUUUUUCUAAACCACCAUUAUUUGAAAUUGUUUCAUGAUUUAUGUUUUGUAACCAUGUAAUUUUAAUUCCUUAUUAAUCUCUGAUUGGGUUUUUUUUCACUCA